AUGAAGUUAGCUGGAGGGAACGGACAAGUUGCGGGACGCUCGUGCCGUGGCGGUGACGGCGAGGAGACUCACGGGCGCGUUUCUGUUGUGUUUUUCCCCCUUCAGCCGAAACAACUUCCUGACAAGUGGCAACAUGACCUUUUCGACAGCGGCUUUGGGGGUGGUGCCGGCGUGGAGACCGGUGGGAAACUGCUGGUGUCCAACCUGGAUUUUGGAGUGUCCGACGCAGAUAUUCAGGAGCUCUUUGCUGAGUUUGGGACGCUGAAGAAGGCAGCCGUGCACUACGACCGCUCCGGCCGCAGCCUGGGGACCGCUGACGUGCACUUCGAGCGGAAGGCAGACGCCCUGAAAGCCAUGAAACAGUACAACGGUGUCCCUUUGGAUGGCCGCCCCAUGAACAUUCAGCUUGUCACAUCACAGAUUGACACACAGCGGAGACCGGCGCAGAGUGUCAGCAGAGGCGGGAUGACUAGAAACCGCGGUUCUGGAGGGUUCGGCGGCGGCACUCGGAGAGGCGCCCGUGGAGGCAGCCGGGGCAGAGGCAGAGGCACCGGCAGGAGUUCAAAGCAGCAGCUUUCUGCAGAGGAGCUGGACGCCCAGCUGGACGCUUACAACGCCAGAAUGGACACCAGCUAAGCAGACCCGGCGAGCAGCGGGAUCCCCACGUGUCGUCCGUGCUCCCUGGCGGGAUGGGGCGGCGGGCUGCGGUUGCCAAUGAUGGAUUUGUUUCCCUUACGUUUUAAGAUAGGAUUUAAAACUCAUGUAAAGGUUUUUUUCUUUUUUUUUCUUUUUUUUUUAAUUCUGAAACAGACAUGUUUUGUACUGAGUUAUUUUUGGGAUAAAUUUUACUGGUUGCUGUUGUGGAAAAGGUGGCGUUUCCACCUUUCCCAUAAUAAAAUAGAAACGUGUGUAGAACUGGAACAGUU